AGUCCAUUGCUCGCCAAUACUCCCGGUUUGGCGCUAACCGUCCCGAAGAGUAGUUUCCGAUUGACGGAAGAGUCGGCCGCACUGAUUGGUCGAGCUCUUCAAAUACUAUGUGAUUUACCGCUGCUUUGUUCGCCAAAAGGAAGUACUGUUAUAUUGCCGUCAAUACUGUAUUUAGUGACAGGAGUUCUGCGGGAGUCGUCGACCCAAAUGAAUGGCGUGUCAAUCGCUGACAGUCAGCCCGUGUCUACAGUCCUGAGUUGUCUUCGAUCGUUGAGCGCAUCCUCUUUGGCGAAGAACAGUAUCUGCGGCCAAAAGUGGACCGAAUUAUUACAAAGCACUUUAGCUGUGAUUCUCGACUUGUGUAAGACAAGUGAUUCGGACGAACCAAAACCCGAUGAGAUAACAACACUGUUAGCGGUCGGCAUAUUUAUAGUGAAAGCGCCGUCAGCUGUAGUGCAGGCGCCUAACCUUCAAUACCCAGCUAUUAAUCUGUUGAAACAAUCGCUUCAAAGCGACAAAAAACUCGUUCAGCUAAAGUGUAUUCAAACAAUACGAGCCAUAUUUGAACAGUCACUGAGUGAAGUGUCCGUCCCAUACAUCCAUAUCCUGGCGCCGCGAAUGAUAGAACUGCUCAAUAAUUUGGUCAAAAAUGUCAAAACAAAUGAUUUUGUCAGUCAAGUGGAGUGCGAAAUAGUCUUAGAGUUGUUCCAAACGCUGGAAGUGCUCAUUGAAAUCGCACAAAACGAUAAAAAAGCCAACAUUUUGGUGAUAUAUUUGCCAUUAAUGGUAAACCUAUUAUCUGACGACAACAUAAGUCGAGUGCGCGGCUAUCGGCGCGUUCUUCACAAUCACGCGCUCCAGAAGUUGACGUCAAUCGGACCGAAACAUCCGCAAGAGUUCCGUCAAGUGAUCGGUUCUGUGCCGAAGUUCCGCAACAAUCUGGAGAACGCCAUUAGAAAUCAGCAAAUAAGUGAAAACAGUGUACAAAAUGUGUCGCAAAACGUUUCCGUUCACAAAGAGAACCCAACCAUUAAAUUGAAAGUCGAUUUCAGUAAUUAUACCGAAAAUUUGAAUUAAAACAAUCGCUGAAAGCCAAUCGACUUAACCAUUUUUGCUACACUUUACUAUUCAUAUAAUCCUUUGUUUUUUAUAUAUAUUUAUUUUAUUUAUUAUAUUUAAUAUAUGAAAUGAUGUCUCUUUUGGAUAUUUAUACCGUUAGUACUAUAAAAAAUAUAAGACAAACAAAUUGUACGCUUUGUUGUGCGGCAGAGAAGUUGUGAUUUGCAUUGAACUGCGAUAUAAAGUUUUGAAAAUUGAUUGACUUUUUGAUUACUGUUAACUCAUAUCUUAAGCGAAGCACAGUUUCAUUUUGGAGCUCAGCUUCUCUGUCGACGGACGACAAAACUUUUAUUACAUAUUUAAUAUUCGACUAAAUUAUCAAUGAAAAUGUGGUUUAGAUUUUAUUUUAAUUAUAUCGUAGGAAUCAAUUUAAACAAAACAAUGUUAUUGUGAAGUGAGUGAGAGAUUGAUAAAAGCAAUGAAAUGGGAAGAGAGGGAGGGGAGAGAGACUUACAAGUGUGAGGCUAUUAUAGAAAAUUUA